GCAAGCAGCAAAUUGUUUCGUUUGAACCGCGAGCACAGAGGGUCGAACGUACGCCGUGCAUAACGUCGUCGGCUCGCUACGAUUCAUAUACCAGACCAAAUAUGUUUUUAAUUAAAAACAGAAAACAGCGAUAAGUAGCAGCUGCAGCAAAAUGCUGUAACUAAACUGGACAAAAGCGGGUAGUUUAUUGUGCAAAAGUUGGUCAAGAAUAGUAGAAGAACAAACAAUCCCAAAAAUUUUUGUGAAAACUUAAUUGAGCCUUUACGAAAAUUUAGUAUUUCUUAAUGGCUUGUUUUAAUUCGACUUAACGACGGCCCCAAAUUGCAUAACACCAAUCGUAUAUAUGUGCGUUACAGUGGGUGUUUGUGUAUUGGUGAAUACGCUGCAGCAGUGGUGGAAAUAUAAAAGGCAAGAAAGCUUGUAAAUUGUGUUGAAUGGCGUAAACUGAAGCAAGAAUGGAGCAGAUKUAUUAAAAGUAAAGGGAGAAGUAAGCUACCUAAAUUAAUAGGUAAACGUCGAUAUUGAAAUCCGUCCAAAAAAAUUAUGAACGCAGUGGUGUAUAUUUACGGAGGACAUGAGCAUUAAAGAGUAUGACUUUUUGUAUGAGUAUUAAGUACGCUCUAAAAUAGAAGUUUAAUAUUACAUAUACACUUGAAGUAUUCUAUUUCUGUCGUUUUAUACAGAUAAAUUGUGUUUAAUAACACACAACAGUUAAUUUUUUGGCGUAUAUGCUUUUAGUUACAAAGGCAUGCGACUACAUAAUGACUAACUACAUAUAUGCGAAUCGACAAUAACUGUCCUAAUUAAUGUCUAGUGUAUACACUAUAUAAUUAUCCGACUCAUACAAUUUUAUAAUCUAGCGCAUAUUGAAACGGUUUGUCAGUUCCCACCGGCAUAAAUGACAGGUUGUAAAUAGAGUUUUCCUCGUUCUUAUUCACUAUCGAGGGAAAAGAUUGUUGACAACGGAAAAUAAAGCAGUUAGAUCACAAUCGUUUUGAAAUAUUCAUCCGUACUAUAUAAAUAAUUGGUAAAUAAUACCAAAGUAAAGUGUCAAGACGAAAUGACUGUAAGAUAAACAACCAUCAGCAACCUGAACCUCAAAACAAAGCCAAUACACAGUAGUAUACUUGAAUAAACAACUUCAAUUUAUUCACCACCCUAUCAUACCCAACAACAAUCGAUGCAGUCGUCGUUGCAGCUACCGCACUUGGUUGGUUGGUCAAGAAAUAGUCCACGCAGACAGCGUUGAUGGAAAAAAGUGAACGAAAGAAUUGGAGUGGGAUGUAUAAAUCAUAUCCCGACAGACAUACUUAGUUAAAUAUUUAAGAAUUGAAAUUUUAUGCAAAGUAUAAAUCAGGUAUUUUUGUUAUAAAAAUUAAUCGGGAAAAAUAUUUACGAACGUAACCCAUCAGUAUUGCAUCAAUCAAUUCGGUGAUCAUGAGAGUGAACAGUAUAGAAAGUGUGGUGUGACGAGUGAAUAUUAAGCUAUCAAGUGUGUGCAAGAGAGUGAAGGAGUGCAAGUAAAUAUUGUGUGGUGAAAAAUAACUGAACUAUUGUACGCAACGAAAAGGGUGAACGAGUGAGCAGGUGCGUUGCAUUAAUUCGYGUUUUUGGAAUAUCGGCGUUCUCGCUCGUGUGUGUGUGCAAUAUUUGUAUUAUUUGCUUUCCACGGAGGAAAUUGCUCUGAAGUUGAAUAAGCCGUGCCGUUGAAUGAGCGUUUCGCUGUGUUUAUCUGAUUGAUUGUAUGCACCAGCUGUUAAACAGAGCCAACAAACAACCCAUCAGCAAGCGGAAGAGCAGGGCAGAGCAGAGCUGCUUAGCGAGCGACAUUUAUAUUCAUCGGUCAAAUCGGUCGGGAUAUGGCCGUGUUCUUAAUAAACAUCUGCAAAUUUAAUGGCUGCGGUAUAACAUUUCCUAGUUUAGGAGAUUUAAUACAACAUAUUGAGGACACGCAUAUCGAUUAUGAUCCUAAAGUGGUUGAACAGAAAGAGCAGGCGCAGCCUGCAUGCUUACCGCUGAGCUAUGUACUGCGCUUCAUAUCGGAAGAUGCACGUAAGGAGAGUCCGUUCCUAUCCGCCAACACGUCGGGCGUUGAACUCAAACGGAAGCUGGCGAUCAAACAUCACAGUUACAGUAUGUCGUCGUCAAAUCGCAGCAAUACGCCCACUGGCAGUGAAAUGGACGAUGACGAAAUGGUUGUUUCGGAGUCAGAGGAUAGCAAUGAUUCUUGGACAACCGAAGAAUUCAGCUCCGAGUUCAUAAUGCGUUACGGGAGCAGGCAUUCCGGUACCGGCAGUAAUGGCACACCAGGCAAUGAGAAACCGUUUGCGUGUCCCGUGCCUGGUUGUAAAAAGCGUUACAAGAACGUCAACGGCAUCAAGUAUCACUCGAAGAAUGGCCACAAAAAGGACGGGAAAGUCCGCAAAGGCUACAAGUGUCACUGCGGUAAAAGCUACAAAACUGCUCAAGGCUUGAAGAACCAUGCGCUGGUGUCACACAAUUCAUCGCCAGAGAGCGUCUUGAGCGCACAACAUGUAGCUAAUAUAACAACCACCAGCAACGGCACAAGCGUCAAUGCGUCAGGCAACAUUUUGCAACGCAGCAGCUCGCCCUCACAAUCGUURGGUUCACUCAGUCCAUCCAGUAUCAGCAAUAUGUCGAGUAGCGCCAGUAGCUGUCAUGGCAGUGCCAGCGGCAACACUUACAACGSCAACAGUAAUUCYGCUGGUAGUAAUAACGGUGGCAGCAACUCAACUAGUUCUGUUGUCACAACUAAUGUGCUGCAGCAAUUGACGAACGGUACACUUGGCAAUGGAAGUCCGAAUGUUGUUGCCACCACAAAUGGUGUUGGUCUCAACUUACAUCAUCACCAACAUCACCAAUCGCAGCAGCAGCAACAUCAGUUCAGCAGUCAGCAGCAACCACAAUUACAAAGUAUUGGAUCGUCGGCAACCGCAUCAUCAGAACAAAUGAAAGCAAGCAACUCCGCAUGCAUGCCAUUCAAUGGGCAACUGCUCACUACUGCUUCGUCGAUCGCCAAURUCAACAACACAACAGUCAAUAGUCGCAUCUCUGCUGCAGUCAUCGGGGCACCUCCGGUGGCCACUGUUGCAGCCGGCGUUACUGUCACACCAAUGAAUGCUGUAGGGACGGCAAAUAGUAAUACGGUUGCGCCCAUCUUCGGCACUUCGCCCAUAAUUUCACCAACUUUCAUCGAGCAUAAAUACUCAGCAAACACGUUCAAACAGAGAUUUUUGGCGAACCUGCGUGCCAACCAUGGCAGUGCGGGUAAACCACAAUUUAACAAUAAUAACAGMAACAUUAGCAGCAGCAGCAGCAACAACAAUAAAACCGGCAAUAAACAUUCGAUCGGUAAUAAUGCCACCAGCAAUAGCUGCGACAAUACCAAUGGCGAUAAUACUAAUACAAAUGCAAUUAGAAAUGAUAAUACAGCUACCGGCGGUGGUUUGAUGGUCAAUCACUGUUCGAAUAGCCCKGUUCCGGGAAUAGCUCCUGUAGUGGGUAUUGAUGACUUCUGCUCCAUACAGCAGCAAUUGAGUGAAAACUAUAAUAAAAGUGCAAUGUAUCCGAGGACAAUAAAUUGAACGCUUCGUUUCUUAGAUUGGAAUGUUUCGUAAAAUAGAUACAUAUGUACAUAUACUAYAUAUUGUACACAAUUAUGAAAAUAUUCGUACACGCAUAYAUACGUACGUGUAAAUUAAGCGUGAAUAUUUGGCUGUGAUGUAAAUGAUUAAGACUGCGGAAAGGCAAAAUGGCGACAUGCAAUAAUCAGAAAUAUUAUUGAAUUGAAAAAUUGGCAACAGCGAAGGAGAGAAAUGGAAAAGUUUGGCAAAAGGCAGCACACUGGGAGGGAGUUGUGGGAGAUCUUUGCUGAGGGCUUGGAGAURAAACGAAAAUUUCUCAACAUAUAUUUUGGUUCCGUCUGAUAUGUUUUUGUAUUUAAAUUGUUUUGUUUAAAGCUCAGUUACUAAGUUUCCUAUUUUGUUCUCCUUUCUUUGCCUUUCACGUCUUGAAAUCAAAAAAUCUGCAUUUGAAACUGGUCGUAAUUGCAAUAAAAUAAAUUGUUAAUUGCGUACUUUUACUGUUGCUAAUGUUCUGGUACGGAUGUUCGCUUAGAGCAGGAGAAACUUCAAGUUAUUCAUACAACACAGAGUUGGGUAAAGCUUAAACAAUAUUCUCCAACACUUUAUAAAAUUUAACAGAAAAUUAAAUUAAGAAAUUGAUUAUUGCGUAUGAAAAGAUUUCCUUUCUAAAUCUCAGAGUAAUUCGACAUUAUUUUCGUUAUAUUUGGAUACUUCAUUUUUUUUCUUUUGACUGCACACCGCGUCACUCAAACCAAUCGAAGAAAUAUAUAAGCAAAUAUACAUAUAUAAAUAUUAUAUUUAUCGAUUUAUCGUAACUAAUUAAACUCGCUGUACCAAAAAUUAUCUCUUAAGGAGUUCAACAAGUAUCCUUAACUUAUGCAUCGUCAUAAAAAACAAAAGAACAAAAUUAUAAAUAAGUAUAUACUAUAUUACACAUACAUACAUUGGCAAUGUAGCGAAGAAGUGCAGAAUUAGGAAAACGUUUCAAAGGAGAAUAAAUGUUGAGAGUUGUUUAUAGCGCAUAGUUUCUUUGUGCACCCGCUGUAUUAGUAUGGAAUGCGCAGCCACUUCUUCAAUUUUUCCAGGCUUUCUUUCUCCUCAAUUUUUUACUCACUAUGUUUUUAAUACUUAUAGCAAAAUAUAAUGCAAUUUACAUAUGAAAUUUUAUUUAUGCUCUUUAACUAGUCACUAUUCUUGUAGGUAAAUUAGUUACUAACUUUUAAUUCGAAAAUAGUAAUUAUAAUAUUUUUUGUACAUAGUGGUUAGCAUAGUUAGUAAAUAGUCAAAUAAUAGACAAGUUAAUUCACAGAUUUGUUUAAAAAUGAUGUGUGUAUAAAUAAAGGAAAUUAUUUCUUUUGAAGAAGAAAAUUUAUACAUAARUAUAAUCCCUAGCAAAAUUAUUAACAUAAUCGACAGUUGGUAGAGCAACUGGCUUCUGCUUAUUUGAGUGAGCGCCAAUUUUGGGUAUCCAGUUUAGCUUAACAUAUUAUGCAGCCCUUUCUGUUAGAGUAGAGUUUAACUUGAUAAAAAAUAUAAUUUAAAUCAAAAGUAAUACUAUAAUUAUGAUUAUGUAAAUUAGAUUGUGAGAUAAAAACUAAAAAAGUAGCGAUUGUAUAUAUAAACAGUAUAGAAAAAAAUUAUACAWUAUGAAUAUCGCUUUUCUAUAAAAAUAUGAGUGUGUUCAAGGCUAAAAAGGCGUAAGUAAAUAAAUAAUGAAUAAUCCGAAACCCCAAAUAAUUCUAAUGUGUAUAUCUUUCUUAAUAAAAAGAUGACAUGCUUCAAAAUUAACCAUAAAAAGUUAUUUUUAAAUAAAGUGCACUGAUUUCCGGGCUCUGUAAUAUUUUGGCUUGAAUUUUAGCUACCAAUCCGAAUUAUAAAUAAAAUUUAUUUGUACCAGUUCAGUUAUAUUAUUUUGAAGAGUGAUCGGGCAAGUUACAGCAAACGACAUGUAUGUUCUGUUGUUAGUUAACCCAAUCUCUUAACGGUUUUGAAAAUACGAAAAUACAUUUGAGAUGUUAGCUUUAUUAAAUUAUUUAUUAUCAAUAUAUAAGAAGAGGAGGAAUCAAUACACUGCAAAAAUUCAAAUUUAAAUAUCGCAUGAGAUCUAUUUAAAAACAUUUAAAUAAAUUCAUCUUAUAUAAGACUGCUGUGUUUUGUUCGUAAAACAUAUAUAAAUAUAUCUAUAAUUAUAAUACAAUAUCUAUACAAAGCAUAAAAAUAUCUAUAACUAAUCACACGAUAUAUAGUAACAGUAUAUUUAUGUGAAACAUUGUCCUUAACAUUGAAUAUUUAGUAUACAAAUAUGCAUAUGUAUUUAAAAAAUGAAAAAGCAAGUGUGUUAGUUAAAUAUAAAUAAAUAUAUUUCUUUUUGCUUUAUGUGAUUCUAUUACCUAAAUACCUUCAUAAGCAACUACACAGAAUUACAUACAUAUUAACGUAUAUAUCUACAUACGAUAAAUAUACAUAUAUGGAAAAUAAAUGUCCCUUUGAAAAAGUCAAAGUAA